AUGUCCAUAUCUUCUCUUUCAGCAGCUAUUUUCUCUCAAAUGAUAGCCAUUGAAAAUGUGCCUCCUCCUCCUCUUCGUAACAUACCAAGCUUGAAAAUAGCUAAGAACAUUAAUUAUGGUCAGUUGAAUGCAUUAUGCCACAUUAGAGGACUGCACAGCAGGAAUCCUUCCAAAGCUCAUAAUGUAUUUAUCAAGCAAUAUCCUAAAAUAUUCCUGCACCAAAAGCCCAGAUUGUCUAAAAUGUUCAUAAUGGAAAAACAAAGAAAACAAAUGGACAAAACAGAAGAGGACAAAUCUGAUGAUUUACACAAUAUAACUAUUCAUAUUAAAAAAGCACAUGGUCUGCUCAAACAGAAAGAAGCCCCAGAAAAGUUUGCAGAAUUCCUGGCCAUCUUAAGGAAAUUGCCUGUUCACAGAACAACGCAUGAGCACAACAUUGUGUGGAAUAUGUUAAAGACAGUUCCUGAUUUAAGCUCUCACCUAGAUGAUGAACAUCUGAAAAAACUUAGUAGGAAAGUCACUUCCCAAACCUGGGUCAAAGGCAGCACAGUGAUUGGAGAUGAUGGAUUUUAUGUAAUCCUUAAAGGCAUAGCUCGACCUCGUACGAAGAUAUGUACAAAUCUGACUGAUAAAACUGGCUCAGUGUCCUUCCUACCUGAGAACAACACUAUUUUUGAUCUGCAGUUAAAAAGUUCUACACUUGCUGAGCUUUAUGUACCUAAAGGAAAUAUAGUGCUCAGACAAUGGAAUACCUUUGGAUCCCUUGAAGAAACAUCUGGUUCUGAUACAGAAAUAUUUCCAUUAUCUGUGGUGACAGAAGAAGAUUGUGAAAUUCUGAAAAUCUCAGCCAAGGAUUAUGCCAACUUUAAGUCUGAAAAUUCAAAGUAUGAUAAAAUGCAAAAGAUGAAACUGAUUCGUAAGUGUCCUUAUUAUGAAAACUGGCCUACUUUAUCCAUAUAUGAAUUAACUUCAUUCAUUAAAUGGAAAAAAUUUCCUCCAGAUCAUGUGAUAGUGGAAAGUGGAGAAGUCAUUUCCUUUAUGGCAUUUAUUAAUUAUGGGUAUUGUAAUGUUUAUAGAAGCAUCGUGGGACUAGUAAAACAACCAUUAAACAAAGUGAAAAAAAUUCGAAAGCUCAUUUAUGUGGGUAGACUAAAUGAGAAGGAGUCCUUUGGUGAGAUUAGCAUUCUUCUCCAAGUUCCUGUUACAUGCACAAUUAUUACUGGAACAGAGGUAGAGAUGGCAAUCAUUGAAGAUGAAGACAUAUUUGAGAAUCAUAGAGGUAUUAACAAAAUGGAUUUAGGUGAAGCCACCAACCACACAGGUGAUAUUGAAAAAGAUCAUUUGCCCCGAAUGUCAGUAACAAAAUUUGAAAAGCUGUCAGACUGA